UUGUCCUUAUGUUUUUUAAAACUGUUUGUACACCCUCUCCUACUAGACCUACACUAGUCACCAUGGGGAAAGAUCCUAGGAAACCGAGAGGCAAGAUGUCAUCAUAUGCUUACUUCGUGCAGACCUGCAGGGCUGAGCACAAGAACAAACACCCCGAAGCCAGCGUGAACUUCUCUGAGUUCUCCAAGAAAUGCUCAGAGCGAUGGAAGGUAGCAUUACACACCAGUGAAUGAUUGUGAAGUGACAUGUUUGUGGUACAUAUGUACAAUGAUUAUGGAUUUACUUCCACCAUAGUAUGUUUUGUUACUAUGUUUUGUUACACGUGAGUGACCUUGUGGACAGUCUAGCAGUGGCCAUGUAGAUGUGUAAUAAUUUAUACCUCUAUAUCCAGCCCAUGUCUCCUAAAGAGAAAGGCAAGUUUGAAGACAUGGCGAAGCAAGACAAGGUCCGCUACGAGAGAGAAAUGAAGAACUACAUCCCACCCAAUGGCCAGAAAAAGAAGAGGUUCAAGGAUCCUAAUGCCCCCAAGAGACCGCCGUAUGUACCAUAAUUUACUGAGUUUGCAUGUCAGAUAGACUGGAUAGCCAUUACAGAGGUGAAUUAAACUUCCCUGUGAAUUUACAUUGUUUGUUUUUGUUUCUCAGGUCUGCAUUCUUCAUCUUCUGUGCUGACUUCCGGGCCAAGAUAAAGAGUGAGCACCCAGGUCUGUCCAUCGGAGACACUGCUAAGAAGCUGGGAGUGAUGUGGAACAGCUCUGCAGCUGAGGAGAAGAAGCCAUAUGAGAAGAAGGCAGCCACGCUGAAGGAGAAAUACGACAAGGUGAGCAGGGCUUUGAUACAACCUACAGAGAUGGGGUUUGCCGGAUGACAGGAAUUCCUGCUUUUCUGAGAUUAUCCUCUAUUCAAUCGUCAUUGAAGUUGAUAUACAAACUUCUGAUUUCCUGAUCACGAUGCAAUUACAUUUUAUUUGAAUAAAGAUGGGUGCAGACAAUUCCACCGAUAUUCAAUAAAUAGGAUGAAAAAAGGGAAUCUCAUGCGGCUAUUCUCAUGAUGUCAUUAUUGUCACAAUGUAAGAAAUCAAUAUUUUGAAGCAUAUUUCUUGGACAAUUGCUCUUUUGGAUGGCAAUUUGAGAAUUCAGUGUGAAAAAAAUGAACUUCCCCCUGUAAAACGGUAUGUUGACAGAUACAUCGGUCUGGCUCUAUAAAUCAUUCUGUUGUGUUCCACAGGAUAUCGCCUCAUACCGCACCAAUGGUAGAGUGGAUACGGCCUCCUCCGCAGCUGCUGAUGAUGACGACGAAGAGGAGGAUGACGACGAUGAGGAUGAUGACGAGUAG